UUGUGUUACAGUGUUGCAAAAUGGCGACUGUCAUUCAGAAUCCGCUGAAAGCGCUGGGUGACCAGUUCUAUAAAGACGCUAUUGAGCACUGCCGCAGUUAUAACGCCCGUCUCUGUGCCGAGCGCAGCAUACGCAUGCCGUUCCUCGACUCCCAGACCGGCGUAGCUCAGAACAACUGUUACAUAUGGAUGGAGCGGCGCCAUCGGGGUCCAGGUUUGGAGGCAGGUCAGAUGUAUACCUACCCUGCCCGGUGCUGGAGGAAAAAGAGGAGACUUCACCCCCCUAUAGAUCCUCAGCUACGUCUGUGUGAGCUCCGUAUCGAGGCUGAGCUGAUGCCUAAGCGAGACUCAGCCCCUGCUGAGGCCACAGCUCUGGAGGCACUGCUCCGAGGAGAGAGCCUCCUGGACAAGAAGAACAACAGCUCAAAGGAGGAGGAGACCCUACUGGAGAUUCAGAGGGUGCUUGAAGCAGAGGAAAAUGGGGACGGUUACCAUGACGAUGAUGACUUUGAAGUGGACACUCCGAAAAGGAAGCACCGGACCAAAGGCAGGGGUCGAGGUUCUGGACGAAGGAGAACUGAAGCACUGUCUAAUGAUGACCAGGAUAAGCCUUACGUCUGUGACAACAGAUACAAACAAAAGCAUAACUCAAAAACUGCAGACUCAGUAUGCGGGAAGCGCUACAAGAACCGGCCUGGUCUGAGCUACCACUAUGCCCACACUCACCUGGCAGAGGAAGAGGGCGAGGAAGAGCGAGAGGCAGAGAUGCCACAGUCACCCCCCACCCAAAAUGCGGACAAUCAUAAACCGCAGAAGGGGCCUGACGGCUCCAUCAUUCCCAAUGACUACUGUGACUUCUGCCUGGGAGACUCCGGCUCCAACCGGAAGACGGGUCAAGCUGAGGAGCUGGUCUCGUGUUCAGACUGUGGUCGCUCCGGUCACCCGACCUGUCUGCAGUUCACAGAGAAUAUGAUGCAGGCUGUGCAGACGUACCAGUGGCAGUGCAUCGAGUGUAAAUCCUGUAGUCUGUGUGGCACCUCAGAGAAUGAUGAUCAGCUCCUGUUCUGUGACGAUUGUGACCGUGGAUACCACAUGUACUGCCUGAAACCUCCCAUGACUCAACCUCCUGAGGGAAGUUGGAGUUGUCAUUUGUGUCUGGACUUGCUUAAGGAUAAAGCCUCAGCCUACGGAGAGCCCUAGAGCUGCUAGUCAGCUCACCUUUUCCCCGUCAUGGAGCUUCCUUUAGAAUGCACACAUAAACCAAACAACCAAACCCACCCACACACACCUACACACACACACACGUUCAUAAACGCACACACAGCAGCAGCAGGCUCAGGGCAGAUGUUCACUGUUAUUUUGCAUCACAGUGCUUCUCAUUUUCCAGUUCUGGAUUGACGGAGGGGAGAGAGAGAGUCCUCAUAUCCCAACACCAUUUUUCAGAGCUACAGCAGCAGUCUUAACUGGAUAUAAGCAAUCAAUUCUCUACCUCAAAACUUCGUUUUCACUCACAUGUUCAUCCAAAGCAGGGUUACUUAAGGACAACACAGACCUAAGACAAUUUUACCCACUCUAUUAAACCCAUAUGCAUCUCAAUAGUAUGACUCUACAGCACAGCAGGACUUUGGGCAGUACAUUUAAAACAGAAAAAAAAACUUAUGACGUUCUUCCCUUAUUUUAUUUACUAGAAUCAAGUUUUUGUUACAAAACACUAUUCUGAAAUCUUAUUUGUUUCAGUUCAGUCUGGUUUAUAAGUAGGGAUGUGAAUAUAGUAAAAAAAGAAUUACUUAAAAUCUUGUUUCCUUUUGUACAGUCAGUUGCUGAGACUGCCGAGAUUUCAUGAAUGAAAAGUGAUUUUAUAGACAUUGUUCUUUAUCAUAACUGCCAUAUUUGAAGUCUUCUUGAUAUCUAUGAACUGAUAACAAAGUUAAUGACAGCUGAUAUAUGUCAGUAUAAAGUAAUAUGACACCAGAACAACUGCAUUGAAGAUAUUCACCCAUUAACUGCAAUGCCACAUACAAACACUUCUGUAGCUUUAAAAAAACACAGCAUGCACAGAAUACCACAGCACUCAGAUUCAAACACUACACUGAGAUUUCUUACUCUGUUUUCAGACAGUGCAGCAUAAUGGGUGCACUUACAGACACACACACACACACACACCCUAUAUAACAUUUCUAUCUGUGGUACUAAGAAUGAUUUAAAAGAAAGCUCUAGAACACUAUAGAAAAAAGGUUGACAUUAUCACCAGUUUUAUUUUCUCUUUAACUCUUUUGUGAACAUCUUUCAAAGAUAUGGGCAAGUCUUGGACAAAUACAAAAACAUCAAUGACAAAAAUGAUUCUAUAGAUUGCACUGAAUGCUUGUGGUUUAGUGAUGAAGAUCGUGUGAUUAUAGUAUUAGACUGUUAGAUAAUAAAAAAUAAUUCUUGU